UAUUAAGUAACGAAAAUGCUUGUAAUUAUGAAUUCGGAUCCUCUGUGUGUAUCGAAGUGUAUGUGCAAGGACAGCGGCCGGGCAGAGUUGGUAUGCGGGACAGAACUCUCCUCGUGUUCACAGCUCACGGAAAUACUGAACAAGCAGAUCUUUCCUACCUCACACUACUAUAAGUUGACUGUUUAUGGAACGCAACUUGACUGCGUUAUCGAAAAAGACCUAUGGGGACCGUUGGAUUUUGAGAAAGUCGUGUUGGCCAACAACCAAUUCACUUCGGUCGACAACCACGCUUUCAUCCCAUUCAAGGACAGGCUGAAAACUCUGAAUCUCGAGAAGAACAAGAUAUCGAAUUUCUUCUUUCCGGUAAUCAGCGAAUUACCAAAUCUAAGAGAAUUUGUGAUAAGAAAGAACGAACUCACGUUUAUUCCUGGACAUGCAUUCUUCAACAGCAGUUCCAUAAGAAUCUUUAAGGCAUCACGUAAUCAGCUGGAUAUCACGUCCGACACAUUUUCAGGACUUCCCUUGCUCGAGGUAUUGGAUCUGUCAUAUAACAAGAUCACGAAGCUCUCGACCCACGUCCUCAGGAUCCCGAACCACCAGGCUGACUGGCUCAAGAUCGACCUCUCCUACAACGAAAUUCAGAAAAUAGAGCCUAACGCAUUCUCGGGGAUCAGAGGUUGCAUGAUCAAUCUGCGCAACAAUCGGCUGAUCACGUUGUCUGAGACGACCUACCGACCCAUCAUCGACUUCACCAACGCGAUGGUCACCUUCUUAGUAUCAGAAAACCCGCUUGAAUGCGACUGCAACAUCAGCUGGAUCGUGCAUAACGCAACCGUCUCGCGCUGCUUCGACAACUUCCACUGUCCGAACCUCAACGAGGGCCUCGGCACCAUCAUUUCGUCUGACCUCGGCAACUGCACCCUCAGAAAACCGGGUCCAAGCCUCGAAUAGGCAUCCGAAUGCGUGGAGAAAAACGAGUUUCUGAUUCUCUUUAAGUGGAAAAAAGAAUAGUUGUUGAUAUAUACUGGAUUGUAUAUAUUCAUGCUGAUUUGUUUCAUAUUGUAGACGUUCGGAACCAAAUAGUUGUAUGUAAUUCAAUUUGAUAGGAAGAAUAGGUAGGUUCUUUUUCUCUUUAUUUCUUGCUGCAAUUUAAGUAAGCUUUUUUUAUAUGGAUUUUUUUUACAUUGCAUUAGAUCUCUCUAAUGAGAAAUAUUUCAAGUGCGUAAUAGUAAUGCAGCCUUUAAUUUUCUAAAGAUUUGUAAUAAUGUACAUAAAGGUUUCAAUAAAGAAUAUAU